AUGGAAAGUCUCAGGAAGUUUGUAAACAGAAUACAUACUCAUGGACCAUGUGCCGCAGGAGAGCCUGUUGAAGUUUUUUCACAGUGUAAUUUAUUAUGCCGGGAAAUAUGAAACCAAAUAAAUGAUCCACUGAUUUAUCUGGAUUAAUAGAUUGUUUCCUUUAAUUUCUAAUGUAGGUAAAGCUGAAGUAUUAGAGAGCACUGUAAACAGAAUGGGGAUGAGCACUUCAAAGUUUUUUCAAGAGUGA